CGCCUGUCAUCCUCCACAGACCUGCUGCUGCUGCUACUUCAGUCGCCGUCCUGUCCUGCAACCGGAGGAAACGCCGACAUAACUGGAGCACUGCUGCAGACACACAGCCGUAUGAGGGACGUAAAAGUCACUGCUGUCGCCCUGAACGCAAAACUGACUAACUGAAGGAUACGAGUCUUGUGUGGCUGUGCUGACUGGAGGUAAGCCAUGGAUGAUGGGAAGCCAGUGUGGGCUCCCCACCCCACCGACGGGUUCCAGCUGGGCAUGAUCGUUGACAUAGGAGCCGACGCGCUCACCAUAGACCCACUGAACCAGAAGGGCAAGACUUUUCGUGCUCCGAUGAGUCAAGUCUUCCCAGCAGAGGAUGACGUCAACAAACACGUAGAUGACAACUGCUCCCUUAUGUACUUGAAUGAAGCAACUCUUCUGAACAAUGUCCGAGUUCGGUACAACAAAGACCACAUCUAUACUUAUGUGGCCAAUAUCUUGAUAGCUGUUAAUCCUUACUAUGACAUACCAAAACUGUACGGCCCAGACGCCAUUAAGUCGUACCAGGGGAAGUCUCUGGGUACUCUGCCACCUCACGUCUUUGCUAUAGCGGACAAAGCCUACAGAGAUAUGAAGGUCUUAAAGAUGAGCCAGUCCAUCAUAGUUUCUGGUGAAUCUGGUGCAGGAAAGACUGAAAACACCAAGUUUAUUCUAAGAUAUCUGACCACAACGUAUGGAAGUGGUCAAGAUAUUGAUGAGAGAAUUGUAGAAGCAAAUCCCCUUCUUGAGGCGUUUGGAAAUGCAAAAACAGUCCGGAAUAAUAACAGCAGUCGCUUUGGAAAGUUUGUAGAAAUCCAUUUCAAUGCCAAGAAUGCUGUUGUGGGUGGAUUCGUCUCCCAUUACUUGUUAGAGAAGUCGAGGAUUUGCAUGCAAAGUAACGACGAGAGGAACUACCACAUCUUCUACAGGCUGUGUGCAGGAGCAUCCGAGGACCUAAAGAAGAAACUACACCUGGACUCGCCAGACAGUUUCAGGUACCUGAACAGAGGAUGUACCAGAUACUUCGCCAGUAAGGAGUCUGAUAAACAAAUAAUGCAGAACCGCAAGAGUCCUGAGCAUAUAAAGACGGGUGCGCUAAAAGACCCUCUUCUUGACGACCAGGGUGACUUCAACAGGAUGUGCGUGGCCAUGAAAAAGAUCGGUCUGAAUGACACCGAGAAGCUCGACCUGUUCAGAGUUGUUGCUGGUGUUCUGCAUCUGGGCAACAUUGACUUUGAAGAAACGGGGAGCUCCUCAGGCGGUUGUGUCCUAAAGAAUCAGUCCGACCAGACUCUGGGGUACUGUGCUGGUUUGCUGGGCCUGGACCAGGACGAUCUGCGCGUCAGCCUCACAACGAGGGUCAUGCUCACUACAGCAGGGGGCGCUAAAGGAACAGUUAUCAAGGUGCCUCUAAAGGUGGAACAAGCGAACAAUGCCCGAGAUGCCCUGGCCAAGGCAGUGUACAGCCGCCUCUUCGAUCAUGUGGUCAAACGAGUAAACCAAUGUUUCCCCUUUGAGACUUCCUCCAACUUCAUCGGAGUGCUGGAUAUUGCUGGGUUUGAGUAUUUUGAGCACAACAGCUUUGAGCAGUUCUGUAUCAAUUACUGCAACGAGAAACUGCAGCAGUUCUUCAACGAGCGAAUUCUCAAGGAGGAGCAAGAGCUGUAUCAAAAGGAAGGGCUUGGAGUGAAUGAGGUGCAUUAUGUUGACAACCAGGACUGCAUUAAUCUAGUUGAAGCAAAGCUGGUGGGAAUCCUUGACAUUUUGGAUGAAGAGAACCGUCUUCCUCAGCCCAGCGACCAACACUUUGCCCUGGCUGUUCACAGCAAGCAUAAAGACCACUUCAGACUGACGGUUCCCAGGAAGUCGAAGUUGGCCGUUCACAGGAACCUGCGGGAUGACGAGGGCUUUAUCAUCAGACACUUUGCCGGAGCAGUCUGUUAUGAAACGACUCGGUUCGUGGAGAAGAAUAACGAUGCCCUCCACAUGUCCUUGGAGAGCUUAGUGUGUGAAUCAAAAGACAAAUUUGUUCGAGAGCUGUUUGAGAACUCCAACACUUCCAAGGACACCAAACAGAAGGCUGGCAAGCUCAGCUUCAUCAGCGUCGGCAACAAGUUCAAGACCCAACUGAACCUACUUCUGGAGAAGCUUCGCAGCACUGGAUCAAGUUUUAUCCGUUGCGUGAAACCCAACCUGAGGAUGGUCAGCCACCAGUUUGAAGGAGCUCUGAUUCUCUCACAGCUGCAGUGUUCAGGUAUGGUGUCGGUGUUGGAUUUGAUGCAGGGCGGUUUUCCCUCCAGGGCCCCUUUCCAUGAGCUCUACAACAUGUAUAAAAAGUAUAUGCCAGCUAAACUUACACGACUGAAUCCACGACUCUUCUGCAAGGCUUUGUUCAAAGCUCUGGGACUAAAUGAGAAUGACUUCAAGUUUGGAUUAACAAGAGUGUUCUUCCGCCCUGGAAAGUUCGCUGAGUUUGACCAGAUCAUGAAGUCGGAUCCAGACCACCUCGCGGAGCUGCUGCAGAAAGUCAACAAGUGGUUGAUUUGCAGCCUGUGGAAGAAGAUCCAGUGGUGCUGCCUGUCUGUCAUCAAGCUCAAGAACAAGAUGAGCUACAGAGCUUUGGCCUGCAUUAACAUUCAAAAGACUGUCCGCAUGUGGUUGUGUAAGAAGAAGCAUAAGCCACGAAUUGAUGGUAUGGUGAAGGUUCGGAACUUGAAGAAACACAUGGAACGGUUCAACAAGGUUGUGAGCGGGCUGAAGGAGGGCAAACAGGAGAUGGCCAAACAAGUUCAGGAGCUGGCUACCUCCAUAGAUACUCUGUUAGCAAAGAUAAAGGCCACGGUGAUGACUUGGAAGGAGAUUGACACAGAGUAUCAGGGACUGGUGAAACGCUCAGAGAAGCUGCUGUCCUCCAUGCAAAAGAAGAAGCAGGAGGAGGAAGAGAGUGAGCGACUGAAGCACAUCAAGGAGGAGAUGGACAAAGAGAAGAAGAGGAGGGAGAAGGAAGAGCAGCAGCGCAAACAGGAGGAAGAGGACAGACGUCUGAAAGCAGAGAUGGAGCUGAAAAGAAAGCAGGAGGAGGAGGACAGAAAAAAGAGAAAGGAGGAAGACAAGGUUUUGCAGGCGGAGCUGGAAAUCCAGUUGGCUCUGGAGCGUGAAGAGCAGGUCCAGCAUGCUGCCAUACUGGAGCAGGAGAGGAGAGACAGGGAGUUGGCCAUGAGAAUCGCUCAGAGUGAGGCUGAGCUUAUCACUGAGGAGGCGCAGAUGGACGCAGCCCUGCGCAGUGAAGAGUUUUUUACAGGUCUUCCUAUUUCUUCACACUCAGCCAAAGCCAUGGGUCCUCAGGUGCAGGCGACUAAAGCUGCUGCCGGUGUGAAAAAGUAUGACCUUAGCAAGUGGAAGUAUGCUGAGCUGCGAGAUGUCAUCAACACUUCCUGUGACAUUGAGCUGCUGGCAGCCUGCAGAGAGGAGUUCCACCGUCGUCUGAAGGUUUAUCAUGCAUGGAAGUCCAAGAACAAGAAACGUAAUGAUGACGGGAGUGAUCAGAGGGCUCCUAAAUCUGUCUUAGACUAUGCUGAACAGAACCCAGCUCCUCCGAUGACAGCCCAGCAUCAGGAAGUGGCCAUGAACCGGCAGCAGCGUUAUUUCCGCAUCCCUUUUAUCCGGCCCGCUGACCAGUACAAGGACCCCCAGAAUAAAAAGAAAGGCUGGUGGUACGCCCACUUUGAUGGGCCCUGGAUAGCCAGACAGAUGGAGCUUCACCCAGACAAACGGCCGAUCGUGUUGGUUGCCGGUAAAGAUGAUAUGGAGAUGUGUGAGCUGAGUCUGGAGGAGACGGGUCUGACCAGGAAGAGAGGGGCGGAGAUCCUGCCCAGGCAGUUUGAAGAGAUCUGGGAGCGCUGUGAUGGAAUUCAGUAUCUGAAGAAAGCCAUCGAGAACAAGCAGGCCCGCCCAACUCACGCUACCGCCAUGCUUCAGAGUCUCCUCAAGUGAACCACAGCCGCAAGAUUAGAUUACAGCCGCAAAUUUGGUCUGCACAACGAAACACGACACUGAUGCGCACACACACACACACACACACACACACACACACGCACAUUGCAGAGCAGCACGGUGUACCUGUGGUGUGUGGGAUGAGAAAUAAUCAGAAUGAGGCUCUCAAUGUUUCAUUCAAUGAAACAUCUUUAUAAUUACCUGUAUGUUGUUUAUUUUCAUUUUUUUAAAGUAUCUUUACAUUUUGCAGUGUAACACCUUAUUGGUGUAGUUUUGACAUUCGCAUUUAGUCUUUUUCGUAAUCUCUGCUCAAAUGAAAUAUCCCACCGUGAAGCCUUAAAAAAUGCAAUAUCUUUAUACCACUAAGUCUUAAUUGGUGCAUAGCCUUUCCUGCUAUAAACCUGAAACCUUAACGGUCUUCAAAAAGGAUGAUCUAUUAGACAGGGAAACCUGAGAAUCUGUGUAGAGAUGCUGUUAAUGGUGUGUGACUCUUGUGAAGCCAUAAAGUCAUGUUUUAUGGUCUUUCUGAAUAUUAAGACUAUAAUUAUCAUUUAGUCUCUGAAUGUAUCUGGUGUUAGUAGGAAUAAUUGGAUUUUCCACGACAUGAAAGAACAGCUGCUGAUUUUCUCUCAGAUUUGCAUUAAGCACUUAAAGGUUGACAAUCAUGAAUAGAAGGUCAUACGAAGAGAAUAACUUGUAUAAAUUAUAGCAUCUAAAGUCAAUUAUGAAAGAUUUUAAUACUAUUUUUCAUCCUCUACUACAGAUUUGACAUAACAGCAGUUACAAUAAAUGUCUUAGAUCUUCUAACAGCUGCUGAAAAAAACAGUAGAAUGUAUUUUUUUCUUUCAGAAUCAUUUUGAAAACAAGUCUUUGUACUCAUUCGUCAUUUUCUUGCUGCGUAUACCGCUCUUGACUCUUGCGAUUCUUCAAAAGGGAAACUUUUUUUUGUAUUGUUGCUAAUUUGUUAUGCAGGAGGGAAAUGUUUUCAUGUUUGCAGUUUUGUGGGUUUGGGGUUGUUUUACAGUCAAUAAUGUAAUUUGUGUGUGUGUGUGUGUGUGUGUGUGUGUGUGUGUUACGUGUGUUUGUUCAUGCAAUAUUUUAUUAAGCUGGUUACUUGACUCUUCUGUCGGUUAGAGCAGGAUCAUUCCCAUCAUCUCAUUUGGCAGUUAAACCUCUGUUUAUGCUCACACCUGCGUACUGAGAAGUAUUGUAGCUGACUGUGUUGUAACUGCUGAGUCACUGUCAGAUGUUUCCUCUUCUGCUGUAAGUCGGCCUUCGUACUGGAAUACCGUAGAAAAUAAACGUAUUCCUGGAUUGUU